AGCCGCGCGCAGUCUCAGACAAGAUUAGAGGAGGAGCCAGAAUCAUGGGAAAAUGGAAAAGCCGGAGAUACUCAAAGAGCUUGAAAAAGAGUUCAGUUUCUUGUAAGUUGUAGAUUUUCUCAAGCACAGUGAAAAGCUUUUUUGAAAUUUGUGCACGAUUACCUUUGAUCACUGAUGCGAGAAAAGACAAUCACAUUACAAUACGGUACAUCUGCCUGGAUUUUGUCUGUGCUAUCAACAUAAACAGAUAAAUUCUUCACUAAACUGUGUAUAAUGAAGCAAACGUAUCCACUGUUUUAUGCAGUAGCAUUUUCUCAGUGACAAAAUACAACCAAACAGGAAAUAGAAGAGAAUAUUACGAUGGCAUUGGUAGUUUCUUUUCGGUUGACAUGUGGUUGAAAAUGAAUAAGGGCUGCUUUGGUUUACAAAGUAAUGCAGACGUAUAGCAUGUUGUUAGCAUACUGGCUGAGAGUAAAACAAUUCUGAACAAAUAAAAACCUCGAAAAUGAACAACAGUGGAACUUCCCCUGUUCCAGCGUCUGGCCUCUUGGUUGUAGCCAAUGCCAGCGAUGACUACAGCGACUACUACUACAACUACGACGAUUCUGUGAGUUAUAUUCCUCUCACGGAGCUCAUACCAAACGCUCUUGGCUACGGUCUCACUCUGGUCCUCGGCCUCACGGGGAACCUGCUCGUCAUCAUUUCUGUGGCCAAAUAUCGCCGCAUGCACAACGUGACCAACAUAUUCCUUCUGAGUUUGGCGUCUGCUGAUCUCCUGCUGGUCACUGCUUGUGUGCCGGUCAAGUUUGCACGCUUCUUCAGUUUCACCUGGCAGUUAGGCAAAGUACUGUGUAAGGGCGUCCACUAUCUACAGAACCUGACCAUCAUCUGCUCCGUUCUCAACCUGACAGGACUCAGUCUAGAGAGGUACUAUGCGAUUCUGCAUCCCAUGAGAGCAAAAUGCACGUGUACUGUGACUCUCGCUCGCCGCUGCGUGCUGCUCGUCUGGGCUCUCAGUGCUGUCAUGGCGUCCCCAAUUUUAGUUGGACAACGUCACCUUCUUGUAGGGGAGAUAAGAAAAGGAUAUUGGUGCCUUGAGGAUUGGGAAUUCCCGGUUCUCGCCCGUGUAUACAGCUUGUACAUGUUGGUUCUGGUGUUUCUGCUGCCACUUGUGCUGAUGACCACCGCCUACUUCAGCAUAUGCCGUCGGCUGAGGGAAGUCCGAUACCAGCAGUCCGCCCCCAGGAUCAGCAGGCGUAAGAGCGCCCUGAACCCUGGCCUGGAUCUGCCGUACGCCCUUGCAGACAGACAGAGUCGUGUGUUGAUGAGGGGCGUGUACCCCGGACACGGCAGGAGGAUCUGUUCCAUCAGCGAAGACUCCACUAGGAAGCAGGUAAGACCCCGAAUGUCCAGUGGUCAAAUUGGCCCCCAUCUCAAAAAGUCAGUUCGGGUUGGCUCCUGUUGGGAAAAGGUACUGGAAUUUUCGACAGUCCUUCCGGAACACAAUGCGCAUGUGCACACCUCGGCGCUCCUCAUUGGCUGA